AUGAGAAGUUCGGCAUUAGUAAUAUGCAUGCUAGUGUUGGGAAGUGGUAAUAUUGUAUUUCAUUCUAGCCCUAUCUGCUGAAUUGGAUUUGGGUACAUCCUUAUUAUCAAUGGAUUUAUCUGAUAUAGCCCUUCUGGAUACUACAACAAUGAGUUGUUCAACACCCUAGAAUGAAUUUGAAAGAGUUUCUGCCUAAAUGGCAGCUUGGGCUGACAUAGUUCAACAUAAGGAUUCCUUACAUAGAGAUAUUGAUAGAUUAGAAGCCAUCAAAGAGCUCAUUCAAAAGAGAAAGUUUAAAUCAUUAGAGAAAUAGUUGGAUAAAUUGGAAUUGCCAAAGACUGAAAGUAAAAUUGGAGAGCCAAUUUUGGCAGAGUUCAGACAAAGGCUUAAAGGAUUAAGUAAUCCAGAAACUGCUGAUGAAUGUGAAGCAACUUUACUAAAAUUAUGCAUCUAUCUUCUCAAGCAAUUUAACAGUUGCAGAUAACAAUGUUAAUCUAAUCCAGUGACUGUCAUCAAAAUCAAAGGAAAAAUUAAGGAUUUACAAGUUGUUUAAUAAGGUUGUGGAUAACCUGCACCUUGUGAAGAUGAACCAGGAAUACCUGAAGAACCAGUCCCUGAAAUCCCAGAUGAAAAAGGACCUGAAGAAUAAGAUGUUCCACCUGAAGAAUAAUAAACACCACCAACACCACCUGAAGAAGGAGAACCUGAAAUUCCAGAUGAAAAAGGUCCAGAAGAAUAAGAUGUUCCUCCUGAAGAAUAAUAAACUCCACCUACUCCACCUGAAGAAGAAGAACCUGAAAUUCCAGAUGAAAAAGGUCCAGAAGAAUAAGAUAUUCCUCCUGAAGAAUAAUAAACACCACCUACUCCACCUGAAGAAGGAGAACCUGAAAUCCCAGAUGAAAAAGGACCAGAAGAAUAAGAUGUUCCACCUGAAGAAUAAUAAACACCACCUACACCACCUGAAGAAGAAGAACCUGAAAUUCCAGAUGAAAAAGGACCAGAAGAAUAACAUGAAGAAGGUGAACCACCUGUUGAACCAACUCCUGAGGAACCAAGUCCAGAAGAAACAAAUCCAGAAGAAGAAAGUCCAGAAAUUCCUGAUGAACCACCUGUUAAUCCCAAUCAUGAAGAAUCACCUGAAGAAUCUGCUGAAGAAUGGGUUGAAGAAUCUGAAGAAGAAUUUGAAGAAUUUGAAGAACCACCUAUUGUUGCUCCACCUAUUGAACCACCUAGCAUUGUUGAAAAAACUUGUUUGAAUUCAGUCAGCGAAGUUGUUUAUACAUCAUCUGUAGAUGAAGCCACACCAUUAAUCAACAAAUAAUUAGAAGGUGAGGAUUUGAGUUGUUAUGGAUUUGGAUUUUACACUAGAUGGCUUUAAGCUUAUCCAACAUUCUUGGUUCAUGGAAGAUAAUCUGAAAAAUAUUUUGUUGCAAGAGUUUCUGAAUCUGAACACACUACUGGAGAAGUAAAUGAUAAUGCUUUGAGUGUAUAUUUAACUAAGGAAGGUUUGGAAUUCUCAUCAUAUGACAGUUAAGGAUUAUCAACAACAGUAGUUUAAGUUGGUGAUAUAGAAGGUAAAUGGAUUUAUGUUUAUUAUUCUUAUUGCAAUGAAAAAGCUGUUGCAGUAGUGAAUGAAGAUGGAUAAACAACAAUAAAUGAAAUAAAUGUAAGUCAUGAAAAGCCAUCUUAAUUAUAUUUCUAAUUGGCUGGUAAAUAAGGUGAUGUUCCAUCAUUUUAGGGUUAGUUUAGAUUGGUUUAAGCUCAUGCUGGUUAAAAUGUAUUUAUAGAAACAGAAGCUGAAGCAAAUGAUUUUGUAUUUGCUUGUAAUCACUUAGAUGAAGAGAAAUGUGAUAGAUAAAUAUCAAAUCUUCAUGAAUUUGAAUUCCAUGGUGCUGAUUCUUAAUUUGAUUCAUCAUCAGUAAUCGAGAACUCUGAACCAAUAUUUGCUCAAGAGUAUUCAGUUUCAGGUUGGUUUAAAUGGUAUCCAGUUUAAAAUCCUGAAUCUUGGUAUUCAGCUUUUAGAUUGACAUUAAAUAAUUUGGCAGCAAAUUAAAAUGCUAAAUAAUUGGGAGAUAGAGAUUUGGCAUUAUUUGUAGGAAGUGAAAAGAAAGAUUCAGUAUUAGCUUUCACAACAUACACUUAUUCGGAUUUAUAUGGAAAUGGAAACCCAACUUAUUGGUAAGCAAUCCCAUAUGAGAAAGAUUUGGUGCAUUGGCAUUAUAUUUACUUUGGAUUUAGUAGACACAUUUCAAAAGCUUAUGGUUAUGUUGAAUUCUUCACAAGAAAAGGAGAAGUUCAUUUUGAAAAUGUUAAACAUUUUGAUGCUCCUCAUAAAUAUUUAUAUGUUGGAUAAGAUUAAUUCUAUAAAUCUUACAGUGGUAAGAUCUUUAAUUUACAUUACAAUCUUUGUGAUGGUUCAUACAGAGAAUUGAAAUAUGAUGAACAUUGGGGAUAUACACCAAAACCAACUGACCCAGUUCCACCUCCUCCAGCUCCAGUACCUGAAAUUCCAUCAGAACCUUAAAGUGAAGAAGAAUGGGUUGAACCACCUAUUCCAGAAAUUCCAUCUGAACCUGAAGAUGAAGUACCUUAUGAUCCAGAACCUGAAGAAUAAUUACCACCUUCUGUGAGUGAAGAAGAAACUCCAGUUGAACCAGAAGAAUUACCAUCACCACCUGAUGAAGAAGAACCAGAAAUUCCUGAUGAACCAUCUGUACCAUCAGAAGAAACUGAAGAAACACCUGUUGAACCACCUAUUGAACCACCUGUUGAACCAGAAGAAGAAACACCUGAAGUACCAGAAGAACCUCCUGUUGAACCACCUGUAGAACCACCUGUUGAACCAGAAGAAGAACCACCUGUUGAAUCAGAAGAAGAACCAACACCUGAAGAAGAGGAAGAACCUUAACCUCCUGCUCCAGUACCUUAACCAAAGUAUUUUUAUUAUUUUUUAUUUUUAUUAGAUGUCCACCAACCAUUGAAGUCAAUAAAGAUAAUGCUGCUGAUAUCUUAUGUGAAUUAUCACAUUAUUUGGGAGAAUUUGCAUAAGGUCAUGUUCCAGUUGCUGGACCAAGCACCAAAACUGUUUGCUUCUGUAUGACCUAUAAUGAAGGUAAUUAUUUUUUAUUUAUUAUUAAGAUUAUGCUCCACCAACUUUAUUACAAUUAGCCUCAAAGAUUCCAGGACAUCUAUCCUUGAAUGAACCUAAAGUAGCAGUACCAUUAUUGAAGAAAUUCAUCAAACAAAGAUUAUGAAUAUUUUUAAUAUUAA